CGCUGCCUGUCAGGAAGUGAAAAGCAGCAAGGAUAUUUAAGCACCAACGCGUUUAUUUUUCAUUGUUGCACAAGAAAACAGCGACUUCUCCUAUUUCAACGAGUCCGGGCAUUAUAUUUGCCUUGUAAAGUUUUACUAGUUUCGGUGAGAAGAUGUCUGGCACAUAAUACAGCUGCUGAGUAUGGAUCCUGGACAGCAACUGCCUCGCUCUGAUGCCACGUUCCAGGCCAUGGCAGAAAACUAUCCAUGGGAUCUUCGAUACCAACUUAUUGGCCUUGGUUUUGUCUUUUACGCAUCCGUCUUCCUCCUUACUCACCUCCUGUGUACAUCACUGUCCUCCACCUACAAUGCACUGCAAGCCAAAGAGAAAGUUUUCUGGAACCUUGCAGCCACACGUGCAGUGUUUGGAAUCCAGAGUUCAGUAGCUGGUCUCAGAGCGCUUACUCAGGACUCUGAGCUGAGCAGAGACAUAGGGACUGGGCAAGAAGACUGGUCGUGGUUCAUUAUCCUCACAGCCACAGGGUUCUUUGUCUUCGAGAAUGCAGCAUUUCACACCUACAGUUUGGUGUUUCGGUCACUUGACCUUCCCCUGGCAACUCAUCAUUUCUUCGCCCUGGCAGGAUACGGAAUGGCAGUGACGUCAAAUUCCAGUGGCCACUUUGUGCCAGUAGUGGUGCUACUACUGGAGAUGAGCACACCAUUCACCUGCAUAUCAUGGAUGCUGCUGAAGGCCGGAUGGGCAAGCAGUCUUUUUUGGAAAGCCAACCAAUGGGUGAUGAUCCACAUGUUCCAUUGUCGCAUGGUCCUCACCUAUUACCUUUGGUGGGUAAGCUAUAACAAUCGGGGAGAAAUCAGCACCCACUUUCCCCUGGCCUUGCGGCUCAUCUUUUUCAUCGGACUGGCUCUGCUCACCGUUAUCAUUAAUCCAUUUUGGACCUACAAGAAGACAAUGCAACUGUUCAACCCUGUAGACUGGAACUUUGGCAAUAAGCCAGCACCUGGAACCAAACCCAUGGCUGAUUUUUCUUGCAAACCCCACGUUGAUUGAGGACAAGGGGAAAUAUUUGUUACCUCAUUUUAUAAAAGGCCCAUUUAUAUUUCAGGAUGACCUCACCAUUAUUUUUUUCAGCAAAUGUUUCCUAUUUAUUUAUAUACACUUGCUAAAGUAAAUUAUGACACCAUUACCUAGACUCACAGCAGAAGCACAGCUGUACAACCGAUUUUUCUCUCCAUACUAGGCCUGAACGGCCAGCAGUCUUUUUUUUUUUUGUGUGUGAAGUCAACCAUUGACUGGUGCUCCACAUGUUCCACUGUCACAUGGUCCACAGACUACCUGCACAGGUAAGCUGUAACAAUUGGGGAGAAAUGAGUAAUGACUUCCCCUGGCAUCGAGCCUUAUCCUUUUCAUCAGCUUUGCUCUGUUCAUUAUUAUUAUCAUUCAUCCAUUUUUCACUUACCGGAGACCACGCGAGUGUUCAACUCUACCGACUGGAAUUUUUUAGCAAUACGAUGACACCUGGAAACAAAACUAUUGAGAUCAGGCUGAUGUUGCUUUUAAAACCCAUGCAACCUGAGAAAGAAAAAAUGGCUACCUCAUUUUACAGUUGGUCAAUUAACACUGUAGGUUGACCUAAGCAUUUUUGAAAAAGCUAACUGAAUCCCUCGACCAUUAUAUGACAAUGCUGUGACUCAACUUCGACUUUAAAUUAGUGACGCACAGAAAAUUGAGAGCUGAAAAUGACCCAAGAGUACAUUUUCAGAACGGGUUGUGAAACUGCAACCUUAAGUGAUUAAAGCAUGCACAUUGGGCAUGCUAAGCGGUUGGCGUAGGUAUUGAAAGCGUUUUUUUUUUUUUUUUUUUGUCAGUGUUUGGCCUUAGGUUCCUCAAUGUUGGUUUUGGCCUAGAAUUCUGUUCAUCUCUCCUUGAAAUCCUCCAUAUCCACUUGUAACACACAUUUGUGUUUUUAAAGAUGGUAAUCUAUUGCAGUUGUGCAAUAGAUAGAUGCAGUUGUGAGGAGCAAGUUGACAAAAAGUAUGAACAUGGAAAUGUUUUUUUUUUAUUUAAUUUUUUUAUGCAGUGUAAGUGUUAAUUAGAAACCGUGCUUUUAAUGGGCAAUGUACUGUAUGUUGAGCUCUUUAGUUAUUUAGCUUUUGGAAAUAACAUAUUUACUGUUAUGAAAUAUUGAGUGGUUACAAAUGUACCCAAAAAUAUAAUCUUUCUGAAGAUGUGAGGGGUAAAACCUGAGAACAACAUAUAACAAUCCAGUACUUUGACAGCAUUGAUGUUACCUACAGUAAUUUAUUAAACUUAUUGUAGCCUCUCACCACAUCUUAGAUAACUGAGUCCUAACCAGAUUGGGCAACAUUUGAAUGAUGCAUUACAAAAGCAAAACAAAUUCUUGCUUGGAAUAUUAUCUGUAUAAUUAAGCACAGUGUUAAUGUUUAUCAUUGCACAACAUUACCAGUUUAGUGUUUGUGUGUUUGUCUUUCUGCGUUCAAAUUAAAGAGAUGUAAUUUGACAAAACUAAACGAGAGUUGAUGCAAAAUGACCACAAAGUGUUUUUCAAUACAGGCCUGGUUAGCUUUUGUUAUAACUGUUGUGCACUUAAAAAAGGUCAAGGUCCUGUCAAUGCUAUGUUGUACGAUGUAUUUAUUUUCAACUCCAUGAGCAGAUUGUAGGAAGAAAAAGGGGGUUCCUAUGUAUGUAAAGUGGAUACAGUAGUUCUAAUAACCUGUUUUUUUAUUUACCUUCUUUAUCAUCCAAUUAAUUCACCUCAUAGAUGGAUAGGUCAACCCAGAGCUUCUUUUUGGGUGUUAUCCAGGACAAAAUACAGUUUGGUAUGCGUGCAGUACAUUCAAGAAAACCAUGCACUGUCAAUAACGUGUAAAUUCGCAAAAAAGUAUGUCAAGGAAUUUAUAAUAAAGACCUCUCAGUCAAUAUGUGCUUAAGUGUAGAAAUUACACUACGAGAAUUUAAUGCUGAGGGUAAAAUUUGAGGCUGUAACUUCAGUCAAAUGAAUGUUCUAAUUUUAAAUGAAUUUAAAACUUUUUUUUCACGAUGAAAAUGAAAAACGACCUACUUUAGCAUCUACUUUUACUUUUAUGCAGCUGUAUCGUGAUUUUCGGAACUUACGUGUACACUUAGACUACUUCCACUUUCUUUUACUUUUCAUGUUGACUAUUGUCACAAAUGUAUUUACAUCAAAUGGUGUUGAACUUGCAGUGUUCUUCACAGAGCAUAUGAACACAUUCAGAAAUUGUGUUAAGGGUGAUGAAGAAAGAUUUGCCAGCAAAGUUUGUGCAUUCUGAAUUCACGUGUCACAUUUUGUAUGGUGCAAUGUGUUGGAAUGGAGUUAACAAAUAAAAUUUCUUUUGGCA